AUGAAGCUUCAAUUUCUUCCGUUGCUAUCGCUGGCAUCGAUUGCUAGCGCUAGCUGGUCAAAAAAUCUCAACUACCGUUCGCCGUCAGAACACCAUCCCGCCCUUGGAAUAUCGAUUCACAAAGUAGUCAAGAGGAAUAACCCAGGAAGCGCCUACGCACCUUCCAGCUUGAACUUCACACAUGGUGUCGCCUCGGGUGAUCCGUACCCCAACAGUGUUAUCCUCUGGACCCGUAUUGCACCCCAAAGCGAUAACUCACAAUCGAACGUCACAGUCACCGGCUACGCACCUCUUUUCGACCACGACAACGAAAAGUACGUCCAUGUGUCCAAGUCGCCAAUUUGUGUGGAGUACAAGGUCUAUGAGAACAAGGAUUGCUCGAAGGUCGUGGACUCUGGAAAGGUCUUCACCAGUUCCGAUGUGGACUUUACUGUCAAAGUUAAGGCCAAGAACUUGAAGGCGUACAGCACUUAUUACUACCAAUUCAACGUUUGUGGCUCGGAUAACAAGAGUCCUCUUGGUCGCACGAAGACUACACCUAAUGCCGAUGACGAUGUUACCAGUGUUAGCCUUGCGAUCUACAGCUGCUCAAACUACCCCUUUGGCUUCUUCAACGCGUACGGUAACCCAGUGCGAAAGGACUCUGUCGACUACGUUGUGCAUCUCGGGGAUUACAUCUACGAGUACAAGAACGGCGAUUAUGGUUGGGGCAACAGCAUUGGUCGCAUUCCUCAGCCAGAUCACGAGAUCUUCACACUUUACGACUACCGAAAGAGGCUUGCGACUUACCGCACUGACUUGGAUCUCGUGGCCAGUCACCAGCAAUUCCCUUGGAUUCCUGUCUGGGAUGACCAUGAGGUUUCUGAUAACACUUACCGCGAUGGCGCAUCUGAGCUUAACAACACUGAAAACUCUUUUCUCCGCGAUGGCGGUGUUUCAGUCGACCAGAGAAAGAUGAACGCGGUUCGAGCGUACUUCGAGUGGAUGCCCAUCCGCCAGGUCGACAUGGACGACAACCUCCGCAUUUGGCGGUCUUUCUCCAUCGGCAAGCUGGUAGAUCUCAUGAUGCUCGACACUCGGCAGUACGACCGUUCGAUCACUGACCUAUACUGGAACACCGACUACAUUCACGAAAUCUCAAACGACGCCGGCCGGUCUCUUAUGGGCUCCCGUCAAGAAAACUGGUUCUACCGUAGUCUUUCCGAGUCCGCUGAGCGCGGAGCAACCUGGCGCAUUGUCGGUUCUCAAAUCGUCUUCUCACGCGUCAACCAAUCCGCCGCCUACGGUUCAGAGAAUCCCCUAAACUACGAUGCGUGGGAUGGUUACCAAUCGAACAGAAACCGUACGCUGCACCACUUGUACAGCAGCAAAAUCAACAACAACAUCUUCCUCGCAGGCGACAGCCACGCAUCCUGGGUCAGCGACCUCGUCUGGCUAGGCGAAGAGGACUACAACUCCAGCACCGGCGCCGGCAGCAUCGGCGUCGAGUUCGCCGGCUCAGCUGUAACAUCGCCAUGUCCCUACGGUGCAAACAUCACCCUCGCAACCGCAAAUAACUACUCCUCCAUCAUCCAAUCCGCCAACGCUGAACUCCAAUGGCAGGACCUGUACUAUCGCGGAUACUUUGAACUCCACUUCAGCCACGACGAGGUCAACGCUAAUUUCUUUGGCAUGCCGACCGCGGUGACGCGCAAUGGCUGGGAAAUCCCGCUUGCAAACUUUACAGUCAAGAGUGGGGAGAAUAGACUGCAAAGGCCGGUUGCGGGUGGUGUUGUUGAGAGCGGAAGCUUGAAGGGUGGCAAGACGGUGCAGAACAAUUUGACGCUGGAUACGAACAAUGGCUCGUGGUUUGUCAGUCGUGCUAAUUUGGAGGUCUUGUAG